UCAGCGUCCUUCCCCCAGCCUCCCAGCUGGACCCGAGGGUUUGCUCCUGCAUCCCUGCUUUCUGGUUCGCACGUCUCUGCCUACCAGUGGGGUGCAGAACGCCACGGAGGCGGAGGGGCAAUGCUGAGCUCCCCCCGCCAUUUCCAUGCAGGGCUAUUUUUAGCUGCUUCUGUUGCAAUAUAAAGAAUGUUUGGCUUGGAGAGCUCUUUGCAGAGAGGGUGCGUUGUCACUUUAAGGAGGAUCUGGACUUCAGGGGGUGGGGACAGUUAGCAGAGGGGCUGGGGUGGCCUGGGUUUCAACCACUACCUUGGGAAGAGCGGGGGUUGUGUGUGUGUGUGUGUGUGUGUGUGUGUGUCUGUGUGGCUAAGGACUCCUUACUGAAAGGGUUUGCAGAAGACUCUGGGAAAGCCACCAUGGAUUUGUUGCGGGAGGCCGACUGAUUUUCCUAGCGCCAACGUUGGGCAGUGACUUCACCCAGGAAGGACUGUGCGACAGCUGGCUGGCGUGGCUUAGGGCACUGCUCAUUUUCAAGCCAGAGAAGCAUGUGGCUGGCUUCUGGAUCAACUCUUUGGAUUAGUGCAGCUGGUUUCCUUGUCAAUCCCAAAGCCUAGGUGUAUCUACUGUUUGAGGAACCAGUCUGAGGUCUGACUUAUCAGAAACAUGGCUACCAGUGCUGUACCAAGUGACAAUCUCCCCACAUACAAGCUGGUGGUGGUUGGAGAUGGUGGUGUGGGCAAGAGUGCCCUGACCAUCCAGUUUUUCCAGAAGAUCUUUGUGCCAGACUAUGACCCCACCAUUGAAGAUUCUUACCUGAAGCACACAGAAAUUGACAACCAGUGGGCCAUCCUUGAUGUUUUGGAUACUGCUGGGCAAGAGGAAUUCAGUGCAAUGAGGGAACAAUACAUGAGGACGGGAGAUGGCUUUCUCAUCGUCUUCUCUGUCACAGAUAAAGCCAGCUUUGAGCAUGUAGACCGGUUUCACCAGCUCAUCCUCAGAGUCAAAGACAGGGAGUCCUUUCCAAUGAUCCUGGUGGCCAACAAAGUUGAUCUGAUGCACUUGAGGAAAAUCACCCGGGAACAAGGAAAAGAAAUGGCAACAAAACACAAUAUUCCAUAUAUAGAGACCAGUGCUAAGGAUCCACCACUAAAUGUUGACAAAGCCUUUCAUGACCUUGUUAGAGUGAUUAGGCAACAGAUUCCAGAGAAAAGCCAGAAGAAAAAGAAGAAAACCAAAUGGCGUGGGGACCGGGCCACAGGUGCUCACAAACUCCAGUGUGUGAUAUUGUGACAGGGCCUCAGAGCCUCUUUGCUGCUGUGAAUGUGAACUAGAGAGACCCGGUGAUGCACUCAACUGCCUAACUGCACUGACAGCUGCUUCUAACAGUGAACCUUGGCCAGAGAUCUUGGCAUGUUAAGGAAAAAGAAGA